AAGUAAAUGUCAAGUUGCUCGAGCGAAUGAAAUUGAAAUGUAAACUUUUGAACCACUUGUUGUCGUGAUCUUUUCUUUAUUUUAAAGAAUAACGAGCACGAAAACGGUGCUCCGAGUCAAAUAUAUUCAGUCCGGUAGUCGGGUUCAGUUCAGUAUUCUCAUAGCUACUGUUGAAAGUAGCUGUUAAUUUUUCCUUUAGUUUAGAAGACUUUUAAGAAAAAAAUAUGACGCCAACUCCUUUACCGAUAGUAUCAAUUACUCGGCGCGAAACCUUCAGUUCCUGCCACAGGUUGCACAGCCCCUAUUUAUCUGACGAAGAAAACAAAAAAAUAUUCGGAAAAUGUAACAACCCAAAUGGACAUGGACACAAUUAUGUUGUUCUGGUGACAGUCAAAGGCCCAGUGGAUCCUAACACUGGCAUGGUCAUGAACGUCCAUGACCUCAAACAUUACAUGCAGUUGGCAAUAAUGAACCCGCUCGACCACAAAAACCUGGACCAAGACGUACCAUACUUCAAAUCUGUGGUGAGCACAACAGAAAAUCUUGCCAUAUUCAUUUGGGACCAGCUGCAGAAGGUUAUGGAGAAGCCCCAAUUGCUCCAUGAGGUGAAAAUCUUGGAGACGGAGAAGAACCAUGUGGUAUACAGAGGUGGAAGCACCUAUCCUAGGAAGAAGUUUGAUGCUUCUAACAUGCAUCCUAACCAACAACAUAAUGUUUCUUCUGACUCGGACUAAGAAAAUAAUUUUUAUAAAAUAUAUUUGACAUGUUAUUUAAAAUUAAUAUUAUUGGAUCUGAAUUUACUAUACAAUGUUCAAUUAUGUAUAAAUUAAACAUUCCAGAAUGAAAA